GCCCCUGCUGGUCCCUGCUCCCCCUACCCUUGCCAUGCCCGACUGCGCAUUUUCUUGUUCAAAUCAAGCUUGUCGGUCUCGAAAGACUCCCGGUCGAAGGACCAAUACCAAUAUUAUAAUAAUCCCAGCCAGUACCCCGAUUCCAGAGAGAGCGACAGAGCCAAAGCCAAAGACAGAGACAGACCUCACACACCUCGACUCCCGUCAACCCCAUCCCCAUCCAAUAUCAAAAAGCCUCCCGGAUCUGCUCAAGGCCUUGGCAAGAACAAGGCAUCGAUCAGCAACAACUUCGUCUUACCGCAUUGUGCUUAAUCUUACUUCGUCGACCGAAAAAAGUAAUAUCAGUGCUCAGCAACAUCUCCAACCUCUUUCUCUACUUAUAUAUGCCACCACCUUCAAAGUGGCUUCCCUACUGAGUUGUCUCAGGCCGAAGAAGAAUCAACAUCACCCUACUUGAGCCUGAGCUUCACUUCCCCACGUCCAAACCACGCCAACCAACCAUUCAUACAAGUCAGUCGUCGACCCGUGGCUUGAGUGUCAAGGUAUCCUUCCUUUAUCCUUCCUUGACCACUCUCUCUCUCUCGACACCCUCGAGCUACCUCAAGAGGCGCAACAGAAGCAAAUCAACAAGACCUCGUCAACAGAUCUCGUCGCUGGCCGUUUGAUAGUCAACAAUAGACGAGCAUCAACAUCAGCUCCGAGCCCCAAUCUGCACCAAUAUGGUAUCAUUAGCCUCCCAUACAUACAACGCACUACAUUCACUCAACGACAACAACCAAGCAGACUUUCCUCUAUACCCAGACCCACAGAUCUUCUCAUCUCAAGGAUUUCCAUUUACUGGACAACCUUUCGACACGGACAAUACGCCAUAUCCGUACCCAAAAAUGUACAACGGUUUCCCAGCAAGCACCGGCUUUCAGACGGCAACCAUGUAUGCUACGGAUGCACCAUCACAAUACCUGGAGUCACCAGAAUUGAGAGGAGCUCCAUCGAACUACUCGACGGCUUCAGGUCCCUCGGCCAACUCCUCCGCAAUGGGGUCUCCACACUCGAUACAGGGGCACAUUGUGCCAGUGCCAGAAUGGUCAACGCCAGGUGGACUCGGUCUCACGCCGUCCAUCGUUGGCGUCGGAUACGACAACUAUCCCACGGGCAAUGAAUACUCAUUCGCUACUCCAGGUAUGGAAGAAUUUGAUUUGAGCUUCAAUACAGUCAAACCAAAUGGGUUUGUUGGUGAGUGCCAGAACAUUUCUAGAUCUACCUCAUAUCAGCGUGGUUCUGCAUCGUCAGAUUCUCCUUCAACUUCUCUUUCUAUGUCCACCUUUUCCCCUUCGCACGCACGGGUUGCGUCCUCCAGCAUGGCUUCGCCCCUCACUCCGGUCAGUGCGAGUGUGAGUGCGAGUAUAAAAGGCUAUGUGGAUGACUGCUUCAAAUCUCCUGUGUCUGCAUUCUCAACUGCUUCUCCUUCAUCGCGGUGGCCAUCACCGUCACAAGCUUUCACGUCCGCUGGUCGGCUGAUGAAUCCCUGUUCUCCCGACUCUGCUGUAUCUGCACCUGCACCCGCACCACAAGUAUUCUCUCCGAACACCACGCCGACUUAUCGUCAAUCUCAUUUCUUUCCUCAGUCUAGCGGCAACUUUGUGCCUCCUUUGCAAUCUUCCUGUUGGUUUUUCCUCUGUCAUUCGCAUCGUCGUAUCGCUUGGAUACAAUCAGCCAGAAAAGCGCGCUAACAUGUCAUCUCCAGACCCUUCCAUUCUCCACCCCCAAUACUCCACUCGCCCAGCCUCAACCACGCAAUCCCACGAUGCUUAUCCACAAACCACAUAUCCAGUCUCGCCUGCAUUGUCACCAGAACAAACUGGGGAACAGGGCAGCCAGUCUCCCUACAUGUCGGGCUACACCUACCCUUACCAAACACCCCACCAGCCUUCUACUGGAUCGCGACGAUCGUGCAGCAGCCAGGAUGGCAACUACAGUGGUGAGGAUGCGAAGGAGAAGGGACGAUGCACCUACCCAGAAUGCGGCAAGGUCUUCAAGGAUCUCAAGGCGCACAUGUUGACGCAUCAGAAUGAGCGACCGGAAAAGUGCCCAAUUCAGACCUGCGACUACCACAUCAAGGGAUUUGCGAGGAAAUAUGACAAAAACAGACAUACCUUGACCCAUUACAAAGGGACCAUGGUAUGUGGCUUCUGUCCUGGGUCAGGCUCUGCGGCGGAGAAGUCGUUCAACCGCGCGGAUGUUUUCAAAAGGCAUCUUACUUCCGUUCAUGCUGUUGAGCAAACCCCACCCAACAGCCGGAAGAAGACCUCGGGAAGCCUCAAUAGCGGCAAGAAGCUCUCCGGGUAUGCACCAGAUGCCACUGGUAAGUGCUCUACCUGCUCGGCUACCUUCAGCAACGCACAAGACUUCUAUGAGCAUCUCGACGACUGCGUUCUCCGACAAGUCCAGCAAGAAGAGCCAUCCGAGGCCAUCAAUGCUGCUCGUCUGGCCGAAGUUGAACAAGAUCAGAAUGUUCAUGACACCUUACUCAACAAUCAAUUGCCAACGAUGACCAAUGCCUAUUCGCCCGAGGAGGACGAGAACGAUGAAGACUACGAUGAUGAGAACGACGACGACUUUACGCUACGAUCUAGAUCUUCCCGCAGAGGACGCGGAAACCGAAACCCCGCCAACGGUGUACAAAAGUCCCGGGGACUCACUCACUCCAAAGGAGGAGUCACAUUGAACACCAAGGGCCGCAAGAAGCGCAAGAACUACCCCUCGUCGUGGGGUUGUCCAACUUCCCAGAUGAAGCUGAAGAAGCGUGUCAUGUGUGUAUUUGAUGGAUCUCGCCGUCUCUGGAAGGACGAUAUGAUGCUUGACACUGAUUACGAGGUUCGAAUGAAACUAGCUGAUGGGAGGGCCUACGUCACGGACCUAGAUGUCCAGACGAUGCGACGUGCGGAUGCCUUCCACAACUCCACCGAAGAGGAAAGGGGUCCAUGGAUUUCGGAUGAUCUCACUGGAGAGGAUCUGGAAAAGUUGAUGGAGGUCAAGAAUGAGCUAUAA